CUUUGCGUGGGUGUGUGUAGGUGUAUUGUGGCAGCUGUCAAAACAUUGUGUGUUGUGAUGCUUGAAGUCUUUGUCUUGGUGUAAAACUUGUUUUAUGCUAUCACAAUUUAUUGAAUUGGACAGCACUUGGUAAAAACAGUUUCAUAAAUCCACCCAAAUUUUGUAAUUAGCACGUUUAAAGUUAAAAAUGAAUAACACCGAAAUUGAACGGGGAGAAGAGUCUGUCAGUGGUGGAGCGGACGAUAAUAUAAAUCUGACAUCGCACAGCAGAACGCAUUUAUUAAAUACUUCCAGAAUAAACAGACUUCCUCAGUUUGUUGCUGCGUUUGUAGCUACAAUUGGCGCAUUUGCAAUGGGUACAGUUAUGGCAUGGACUGCACCAGCCAGCGGGGAAUUACAAUCUAAAUUCAACUUCAACAUCUCAGAAAUAUCAUGGAUUGGUUCAUUUGUAGCACUUGGUGCUGCAGCAGUUGUGUUACCUGUUGGAUAUUUAACUGAUAAGCUCGGCCGCAAAUUGACCAUGCUAAUUUUGGUUACACCAUUCUUAGGAGGAUGGGCUGUUAUCUUGUGGGCCAAAACUUGGGAAGCAUUAUGCGCUGGUCGUUUCAUAGUUGGAAUGGCUGGUGGAGCUUUUACAGUAACAGUACCUAUUUAUAUUGGUGAGAUAGCUGAUAAUGAAAUACGGGCAACUCUCGGUAGUUUCUUCCAGUUAAUGGUAGUUGUUGGUGUGUUGUUUGUGUACAUUGUAGGUCGGGAAUGUAAUUUGUUUUGGAUGAGUGCCAUAUGUGGGCUUGUCCCAAUCGUUUUUGGCGCAGCUUUUGUUUUUAUGCCGGAGACACCUGCAUACUAUUUAGGCAAAGGCAAGGAAGAUGCAGCAAGGAAAUCACUUCUGUGGUUGCGUGGAACUGCAUGUGAUUUGGAACAAGAUAUAGCGCAAAUGAAGCAAGCGGAAGAAAACAGCUCAAGGCCAAGACCACCAGACUCUCGAAGUGCCACGAAGAUGUCACUGUUUAUUGCACUUGGACUUAUGACAUUUCAACAGCUGAGUGGCAUCAACGCCAUUAUAUUUUACACAACAGACAUAUUCCAUGCAGCUGGAAGCACAAUUGAACCCAGUAUAUGCACUAUUGUAGUUGGCACUAUGCAAGUGGGGGCAACACUUUGUUCGUCAUUAGUCAUUAACCGAUUAGGCUGUCGUGUUUUACUGCUUACUUCUGGAUUUGUGAUGGCAACUUGUACGUACACGCUUGGAGUAUUUUUCCAUCUCCAGGCCAGGUAUGGUGUAGACUAUGUUAGAAAUUUUGAUUGGUUGCCAUUGGCCAGCCUUUGCCUUUACAUUAUAGUUUUUUCUAUUGGCUUCGGACCUGUUCCUUGGAUGAUGAUGGGUGUCCUUUUCCCACCUCAUAUAAAGGGACUUGCAAGUUCCAUUACUUGUUUAGUCAACUGGAUGUUAGUGUUUGUUAUUACAAAAUUUUUUGCAAAUCUGUUAGUGUUUGCAGGCACAGCUUCAACAUUUUGGCUCUUCUCAUUAAUAACUGCAAUUGGCACAGUCUUUGUUUUUUUUGUUGUUCCAGAAACUAACGGAAAAUCACUUGAGGAAAUUCAAAUGGAGUUAUCGGGCAGUGAAAGUUAAUUUAUUGGAAUUUUAUUUAUUUAUUUAUUUAUUUGUCCAUAUAAAUCUCUUUUUAAGUACAUAUAUUGUACACAGAAUCUAUUUGUAGAAAUGAGAGCAAGAUAUAUUACUCAUAACAGAUGAUGAUUAUUGCAGCUAUGUGUAUCAAACAUUUAGGUUCUUAAUCAAGAUAUAUGCCCCUGUCUUUUUAUAUCAUCAUCUGCUGUGAAAGAGUAACUUGAGUUUUAUGGCUUACUGUUAUUUUAUACUCCAUUUAUAAUGUUUAAAAUUUACCAAAGAACAAUGAACUAUGGGUUCCCACUAUUCUGCUAAAAUAUACUGAACUCUUUAGUUUUACAUUUGUAAGUUCAGAUGCCUGCCUAGUGGUAUCUUUUCCUAUGUAUGGUAGUAAUGGACUGCAUACUUUUCAACUCCAUGUUUAUGUGGGUAGAAACAUCCAGGGGUAAACUGGUGUUGUAAUUACAUUUAUUUUUUACAAAGUGACACUGAAAUGUGUGAAAAUUCAGAAUGGUAUAUUGUUAUACUAUAAACAUGUAUAACUUAUGUAACUUAUAAUUUGUGAUUGAGAUGUUCAUUGAUAACUCAAUAUUUUUCCCUUUAGAUGUGUGUGUUAAAUAUACUUAAAGACGACUUCUGUCUGCAUGUUACUGUGAUAGUUGUAGGGGAAUAAUAUUGAGAAAUACAGAGUGUAUAAUUGUGUUGUUGUAAAAUCCUGGUUACAUGUGGAUAUAAGAUAAUUAACGCUUACCUAAGAGCAUUAUGAAUGCUACUAAAUAAAGAAGUGUUAAUGUAAA